AUGUCAGGCAAAAAACUUCCUCAGCUAGCUGGCUUCAACGCCAUCAACGCCAACAUCCUCAUCAGCAACGAUUCACCAGAAAACACACCCUCCGACCAUCCAGCAGCUAUCCUCAUCUAUGGCUGGGGCGACGGACAAGCCAGACAUGUUGGAAAAUACGCAGAUGGCUACCGCGCUUUAUUCCCUCACUCCAAGCAAAUCAUCAUUCUGAGUCCCAUCUCCGAUGCCAUGUUUACAGGUCUCGAGACGCGAAUGCGCUCUAUGCAGGUUGUCAUCGAUAACCUGAAUGGUCUUUUGGAUGAAAAGACUGCGCCUAUUCUUGUGCACAGCAUGUCCAACACUGGUGCUAUUAGCUAUGCUACCACGCUCAAGGCUUUUGCGGAUAAGCAGGGUAGAACGCUGCCGCAUCAGCUCUUGGUUUUGGAUUCAACACCCGGAAAUCCGUUCUGGUCUUGGGAACGACUUGGAAAGUGGUCUCAUGCGAUGGCUAUCGGUACUGCAAAGUUCUUCCCCUGGCCUUUUGUUGUGACAAAGGGUAUCUGGGGCUUUGUCUUGACCCUGGAUGUUAUUUUCAAAAAGUUGAUUGGCAGUGAGCCUUCUGGUGCUUUUGCUCUUCGUACUGUUGACGAUAUUACCUACGAGACUUUGGAUUCCAAGAGGUUGUACUUGUACAGCAAGGAAGAUGAAAUCAUUUCUCAUAUGGACAUCGAGGGAUAUAUUGCUGAGUCGCAGCAGAGAGGAUAUGAGACGAGACAGGAGCUUUUUGAUGGCACAAACCAUGUUGGACACAUGCGUGAGCACCCCGAGAAGUACUGGAAGGCCAUUCAGGAGGCGUGGCAGUGGAGUAAUGAUGAGUGA